CACGAAACCAUAAAAAGCGCAGCAUUUCCGAGUCGACGCCCGCCGUGGGAGCAAGAGAAGGAGUUGUCUAGGCCGGCGAGACGCCCCGCUCCACAACGACUCCCUCUGUCCCCAAACCUGCCACCUCUGUCUUUGACGUCUUUCGGCGAGGCAGCCGUGACCACAUGAAGACCGUCGUGCUCGCAAGUGAGAACCCAGCCAAGCCGCUCAGCGGGAAGCGUGAGAACCACCUCCGCGCACUGAAAGAGACGCUACGCAGCCGCGCCGUCCGCCUCUUUGACGAGUCGCGCGAACGCAAGACGUCGUCGGCGUCGUCGAGCUCGAGCUUCUCGCUCGUGUCGUCGCCCGCGGGGAAUGUCGCGCUCGCCGUCAAGGUCUUUUCGCCGCGCGCCAAGCUUCGGUCGUUUGAUGUCGACGACGACAGCGACGACGACCAAGAAUUGCGCGAGCCAAAUGCGUUGGUGCGCCUGCGGGACGUACACAUGGACCCGCGCCGCCUCCUCUCGGGUCGCCACGGCAGCGCGAUCGUCCGGGCCGUCAUCCGCGCCAACAUGAUCGACUGUCUCUCGUGCAAGUGGGCGCCGUCGUACUUUAGCUACGUGGCGUACGGCGUGCAGCGCAAGCAGCUCACAGCGCUCGAAGCCCACUCGUUGCGGUGGCUCAUUUGUCAAUACAUUAUUCGCGAAGCCAAGCAGCGUUCGGACGCCCAAGCCGUACUGCGCGACCAGCUCGGGCGGAAGCUGACCGAGUUUCGCAUCGCUGUCCAGUGCGUCUCGGGCCUCAACGUAGUCAAGUACGGCCGGAAAGGGUCGCCGCACGCCACGCAGCUCAUUGUUGAGAACGCUGACACGAUCCGGUGGACGCCCAAGCUCGGCAUGCAGCUCCAGAACGUGCUGCACCCGCUCACAAAGAAGAAGGAGAAGAGCAUUUCGCUCUCGACAGUCAUUGCCGUGCAGACUGGCUUUGCGUCCGAGGUGCUCCGCAAAGCUGCUGCCAAGGCCGACAAGAAGGCAACGCCGUUGGACCCGCGCUGCUGCCUCUCGCUCAUUACGCCGACACGGUCGCUCGACCUGGUUGUGCGCAACCCGCUCGAGUGCGACUGGCUGCGGCGGAGCUUUGAUCUCAUGGUCGCCCAAGCUUACGAGAAUGAAAAGAAGGCGGCGGCGCACGUCGAGACGCUCAUCAUGAAGAAGCUCGGCUCGUUGGUCGUGGCCAAGUACGGCCGCAAGGGCAAGCCGCACAAGACACAGCUGAGCCUCGACAAGUACGGCGAGGUGACGUGGAAGGGCAAGAGCGGCGGCUCAAUCCUCCUCCAAGAGGUCAAGGAGCUCCGGCUCGGGCAUGGCACCCCGGUCUUUCUGCGGUUGGCGCCAAAGUCGAAUGCCAAGCACUGCGUCUCGCUCGUUACGGCGGCGCGGACGCUCGACCUCGAAAUGAGUUGUGAGAGCGAACGCGACUACGUCGUCCUCGCCUUCCGCUAUUUAUUAAACAAGAUGAAGGACCGCGCACGCGAAGCGAAGCGCAUGAAGGCCGAGCGCGGCGUGCGAAUGCUCCAAGAGGCGUACCAGUACCACGCAAGACGCAUGGGCCAGCUCUCGCAGGCUGUGCCGCAAAACUACGACCUCGAACGGUACCCCGGGGCGUCGCCCGAUACGAGCCCGAUGGCCCUCGAACGCUACUCGGACCCGACCUACGACCGGUACCCCGGGCCACUCCACCCCACGUCGCCAGUCGUGGAGCGCGUGUCCGACCGCUACACGGGCCAUUCCGGGUACGCGCUCGAGCGACCACCGCAGGCGCGGCUGCCACGCGCAAGCAAUGGCUUUCCCGCGACCGUCUCCAAGCCGGUGCACUUGUAGUAAUCGUUGUACAGAGCACGCUCUAUUGUGUUGUC